CCCGCCUACACACGUUUAGUCUUUCUCCGUUAUUCCGAUUCAUUUACCAUUACUGAUUCAGUGUUUCAACGAACCUUAUAUGGACCAAUCCGUCUGGUGAUGGCUUCCUUUAUGCCAGUGCUCCUAGUCAUGCUGUAUCCAUGAGCCUCUCCUCUCCAUCAACUUCUGCGCUCCUCCAUGACCAGCACAUUGGAGUCUUCUCGACGAGCCAACGGUGAACUACCGUAUGCCAAUUAAGUCUCCGUUUAGCUUGAAUUAACCCAAAGGACACAGCCUGAACAUCUUAAAACCUAAUCUUGAAAUACUAUCCUCUUAUUCAGUUAUACUGGUUCAGAACAGUAGCAGGAAAAUAACGAACUCUUGUUUACAGUGCGCGCCACAUACUUUCUCACACCAUGUCGUUCAGCAACACAAAGACGGGCUUCUCUGUAAAGGACAUUCUGGAUCUUCCUGACACCAAUGGAGGUUCUGAAACGGAGGAGACUGAAGAUGAGAACGAGGUGGAAGCGACUGAGAUAUUGACGCAAAAUCCAUCUUCUGAAAACACUGGAAAUGUGCCCUACAAGAGCCUUUUGUGUGAUGGUGGUGGUAAUCCCUACUCAAGAUGGCUUGCCUCCUCCAGCACCAUGCAAUAUUCAUUGCAUGGUUUGUCAGUUGAUUCUCGAAAUGAACCGAAAUCUCCAGAGCUGUCCGCUGACGAAUCCCAAGAUAUCGACAGAGACACCACAGGUGACAGCAGCGACUCCGGAAAGAAGAGGAAAACGAGGGUGCUGUUUUCCAAAGCGCAAACCUACGAACUUGAGCGACGAUUCCGACAACAGAGAUAUCUCUCGGCGCCGGAGAGAGAGCACCUUGCAAACGCACUACUACUGACACCAACCCAGGUGAAGAUCUGGUUCCAGAAUCACCGGUAUAAAAUGAAGAGAGCACGCGCUGAGAAGGGUAUGGAGAUGGUUCAUCUCGUGUCCCCAAGACGGGUGGCCAUUCCGGUUUUGGUUCGGGAUGGAAAGCCAUGUGACACUAGCAAAACUCAGGAACUUGAGGCCUCAUUCAGGGAUGGAAUACCUCUGUCGGCGUAUCGCGCCUAUUCUCUCCAUCAUAUGCAUAUGCGCUCUCACUACAGCCCUGACGCCAUCUCACAGCUGCCCAGUGUGCAUCAUAUGGCGCAAAUGUACCAAUGGACUUGGUAGACGAUGGAUACUUAAAAGAACUUCGAUUCAACAAAAAAAAAUCUAAAGAAAGGGAUUGAAAUUGGAUUUAAAUUAUAUGAUCUCUAUUUUACUCACAUCAGAGCUGAUUAUUCGGUGGCCCAUGAGGUCUGGACAAUGUUAGGGUUCUUGAGAUUCCGUUCGUUUUAAAAUGUUUACCAAAUGAAUGUUAUAAAGGAAUGUUAUUUAUGUUGUAAAGUGCGCAAAAUGCUCAUAUUAUGAUUUAAUUUAUGUUUUUGGAUGGACUGUGGAUUGAUCUUGAAUAUUUAUGGCCGUGAAUAAACCUCUGUCAGUUCGAUGUGGUUAUUGUUGAUUUAUUAACCUAAAUUAAAUUACUUUUAUAUUGGCCCAGUAAGGGGAAUCGAACAGAAACUUGGAUGUAAAUGUUUCGUUAUUUGUGAAAAUUGUUACAUGCAUAAAUGCCAUUAUGCACAAAACUAGAUGAAAAGGAGUUCCCUUUUUAAAAUAGCAGCUCGUGCAAAACCUGUUUAAUGACUUCCUGUAUCUAAUUCGGUUCAGGUUUUACGUUGGAUCACAAAGUAAAAAUGGAAACAAACAACUCUGAAGAGAAUCUCUUGCAAACACAGUCUGGACAAUUUCGUUGAUAUCAAAAGUAAAAAGUGCAUUUACGAGUUAUGCAUAGGCCUACAACAAAAUACUUUUUUUGUGAUGUUUUCCUUACAUUUCUAAAUUGAAAAGCAUGCAUGGCUUAUUAUAGGACUACAAAUGACCAAUUAAGUUAGAAGAAAAAAAAUCCCAGUCCAAUUCCAACCUUCUCAGUUCUCAUGAACAAUAUUUGCUAAAACACCAAAUUAAAAACAUUUCUCACUCUGUUUUUCAUAGAACUGCAUUGCUUAUCAAUUCACAAAGAAACCCAAAAUAUAGAAUUGAGUGCAGCUGUGGAUCUUUAGGGGUUUGCACAUGCAGAAUGGAAAAGAGAGGGGAUGUUGUGGCAGUGGUGGAUGGAGAGCUGUGGACGUUUUGUUUCUAUUCAGCUGUCAGUUGGGUCAGCUCAUCUCCCAGUAAGGAUGAGGAGUAAGUAUCUCUGGGGUUUUGUGAAGGCUGUCGCUUGGCUCUUUUGUGACCCUUGUUGGACACGUUGUAUUCCAUAUGGGCAGCUGGCCUCGUGAAGGGGACCGCUAAUAAAACUCAACUUGUUCUGCUUUCAAACAUGCCAUUGUUUCCUCCCAAAGGGAAAAAAUAAUUACAAAUUCAUGCAGUAUCCUUUCUGGGCAAAGACACCCCAUUCACAUAUUAGAACAGGGAGCCCUUAUCCUAAGGUUUUUCUGUGUAACCCCUCACGCUCUCUCUCUCUAUUUCUCACUUUAUUUUUCUCUAUUUUCUCUCUCUCUUUCGCUCUCUCUAUUUCUCUCUCUCUCUCUAAAUAUUUGUAACCAGUUUUCCAGAUACUUUGCACAUAAAAUAUCUGUACUCACUCUGGUCAUCUAAAACACGUGUUAGUGUC